GGGGUUGGGCGGGGGGCUGGCGGCAGCAGCGGAUGGACUCGCGGGUAUCGGAGCUGUUCGGCGGCUGCUGCCGGCCCGGAGGGGGCCCGGCCAUGGGCGGAACCCUCAAGGCUAGGGGGGCCGGGGGCAGCAGCGGCUGCGGGGGCCCGAAGGGGAAGAAGAAGAACGGAAGAAACAGAGGGAGCAAAGCCAACAACCCCCCGUAUCUGCCUCCCGAGGCUGAAGAUGGAAACAUCGAAUAUAAACUGAAGCUGGUGAAUCCAUCCCAGUACCGCUUUGAGCACCUGGUGACACAGAUGAAGUGGAGACUCCAGGAGGGCCGUGGUGAGGCAGUCUACCAGAUUGGGGUGGAGGACAAUGGGCUGCUGGUGGGGCUGGCUGAGGAGGAGAUGCGGGCUUCCCUCAAGACCUUGCACCGGAUGGCAGAGAAGGUUGGAGCAGACAUCACUGUUCUCCGGGAGCGAGAAGUAGAUUAUGAUAGCGACGUGCCCCGGAAGAUCACUGAGGUGCUGGUACGAAAGGUCCCUGACAACCAACAGUUUCUGGACCUUCGUGUGGCUGUCCUGGGAAAUGUGGACUCGGGGAAGUCAACUCUGCUUGGAGUCCUGACCCAAGGAGAGCUGGACAAUGGGCGGGGCCGGGCUCGGCUCAACCUUUUCCGCCACCUGCACGAGAUUCAGUCUGGCCGAACCUCCAGCAUCAGCUUCGAGAUCCUGGGCUUUAACAGCAAGGGAGAGGUGGUGAAUUACAGUGACUCACGGACGGCAGAAGAGAUCUGUGAAAGCAGCUCCAAGAUGAUCACCUUCAUCGACCUGGCUGGCCACCACAAGUACCUACACACCACCAUCUUCGGCCUCACCUCUUACUGCCCUGACUGCGCCCUGCUCCUCGUCAGUGCUAACACUGGGAUUGCUGGCACAACAAGGGAGCAUCUGGGGCUGGCCCUGGCCCUGAAAGUGCCCUUCUUCAUCGUGGUCAGCAAGGUGGACUUGUGUGCCAAGACCACAGUGGAGAGGACGGUACGCCAGCUAGAGCGAGUCCUCAAGCAGCCUGGCUGCCACAAAGUACCCAUGUUGGUCACCUCUGAGGAUGAUGCCGUCACUGCUGCCCAGCAGUUUGCCCAGUCACCCAAUGUCACCCCUAUCUUCACUCUGUCCAGUGUGUCUGGAGAGAGUCUGGACCUGCUCAAAGUCUUUUUGAAUAUCCUGCCACCUCUCACCAACAGCAAAGAGCAGGAGGAACUCAUGCAGCAGCUGACCGAGUUUCAGGUGGAUGAAAUCUAUACAGUACCAGAAGUGGGGACAGUUGUUGGAGGGACACUUUCCAGUGGGAUUUGCCGCGAGGGCGACCAGCUGGUGGUGGGCCCCACGGACGAUGGCUGCUUCCUGGAGCUGAGAGUAUGCAGCAUCCAGCGCAACCGCUCUGCCUGCCGUGUGCUGCGAGCUGGGCAGGCUGCUACGCUGGCCCUCGGGGACUUUGACCGUGCGCUCCUUCGCAAGGGCAUGGUGAUGGUGAGCCCCGAGAUGAAUCCCACCAUCUGCUCAGUGUUCGAGGCAGAAAUAGUCCUACUGUUCCAUGCCACCACAUUCCGUCGAGGCUUCCAGGUGACAGUACACGUGGGCAAUGUCCGUCAAACGGCGGUGGUGGAAAAGAUCCACGCCAAGGACAAGCUGCGGACAGGGGAGAAGGCAGUGGUACGUUUCCGCUUCCUGAAACACCCAGAGUACCUGAAGGUGGGCGCCAAGCUGCUGUUCCGGGAGGGUGUCACGAAGGGCAUCGGCCAUGUCACUGACGUGCAAGCCAUUGCAGCAGGAGAAGCCCAGGCCAACGGCUUCUGAACUCCUCCAGGCAGGCACAGCUCCAUUGCUGUCCCUACAAUAUACAAGGUGACUGGCCAUGCUGCCCCCUGUUGGCGGCUCUGUGUGUUAAUAGGCUAGGGAGAGAGGGGUGCUCCCUGCCACCGUUCUGGAGAGGUGCCAAGCUUGGUGUGGCCAGGGAGGGGCAACCCUGAGGGAGACGACAGGAGAAUUCAGGGCAGUGCUCAGCAGCCGUGUGUCCACCUGGUUGGCUCAUCAACCCUGGAAACCCCAUGGCCUGUCUACUAGAGGGAGCUGACCGUUGUCACGUUGGCCCCACUGUCAGAACUGGGCAUGAUUCACCGGUGUUGUCCCUGCAUUUCAAGAAUUGUCACAACAACUAAGGGUGGUCCUCAAAAGCAUUUCUUUUCUAUACCUCUUCUGAAGACCAUGUAAGUUACCAUCUCUACCUGACUAUGGACAGAAGACAUCUGCUCCUGGCCAUCUGGUGGCCCAGGGUCUGAAGAAAAGGCACAGGGACAGUGAAUGGCAAUGUUCCCAUUCUGUACUGAGACGUGCCGCCUAUUCCUCUGCUUUAUGUCCCUUCCCUUCCUCACUCAAGGGCCAUUUCCCCAGCUUCUCCUUGCAUAAGCGCACAGGUGCUAUUUGUUGUGCUGGCCCAGGCCUGGGGCUGCUGAGCUAAGGCUUGGCGUACCUACCGAAGGUCGGCCACAUGUCAGUUUUGUCCCCUCCUCUGCAGUGAUCUGUUGGUUUUAAUGCUGAUCGAACAGUAUGUUUUACCUCCCCAGACUGACCCGCAGCCCCCAUUCCUGCCACCCUUGCCCUGCUUCCCACUCCUACACGAGUCCUCUCUUGUUUUAGCAAUUUGCAGUGACUAUCCCUUCCCUCUGUUGCUGGGAACUGGGAGAAAAGGGAAGGAUGGUGCCAUGUUUCCUGCUCUUCAGGACAUGGACUCCUUCCUUUCCCUUUGUUAGUGUCCUGGGUUCCCAUGGACUCAGGGAUUUAUCGAUUGAGAUUUCUCUGCAUAUAUAUAUAUAUAUAUAUGUACAUACACAUAUAUAUUUAAAUAUACAUAUAUAUUGUACAGAAUAAAAAUGUUUUAUUGAACA